CGGUCAGCGAUGGCGGCGCUGCAGGAGAAGAAGUCAUGCGGACAGCGGAUGGAGGAAUUCCAGCGCUACUGCUGGAACCCGGACACCGGGCAGAUGCUGGGCCGCACACUGUCCCGCUGGGUGUGGAUCAGCCUCUACUACGUGGCCUUCUACGUGGUCAUGACAGGCAUCUUUGCUCUCUGCAUCUACGUGCUUAUGUGCACCAUCGACCCCUACACACCCGACUACCAGGACCAGCUCAAGUCACCAGGGGUGACCUUGAGGCCAGACACCUACGGGGACAAAGGCCUGGACAUCUCCUACAAUGUGUCUGACAACAGGACCUGGACAGGGCUCACACAGGCGCUGCGGCACUUCCUGGCGGGCUACUCGCCUGCAGCCCAGGAGGACAGCAUCAACUGCACGUCCGAGAGGUACUUCUUCCAGGAGCACUUCCUGGCCCCGAACCACACCAAGUUCUCCUGCAAGUUCACAGCGGACAUGCUGCAGAACUGCUCCGGCCAGCCGGACCCCACCUUCGGUUUUGCAGAGGGAAAGCCAUGCUUCAUUAUCAAGAUGAACAGAAUUGUCAAGUUUCUCCCCGGCAACAGCACGGCCCCCAGGGUGGACUGCGCCUUCCUGGACCAGCACCGGGACACCCCGGCUCUGCAGGUGGACUACUUCCCGCCCGGUGCCUCCUACAGCCUGCACUACUUUCCCUACUACGGGAAGAAGGCCCAGCCCCACUACAGCAACCCUCUGGUGGCCGCGAAGCUCCUCAAUGUCCCCAAGAACAAGGAGGUGGUUGUCGUGUGCAAGAUCCUGGCAGAGCACGUGACCUUCAACAACCCCCAUGACCCCUACGAGGGGAAGGUGGAGUUCAAGCUGACAAUCCAGAAGUAGAGAGGCCCGGGUUGCCCCCUAGGCACAGGGCGACCCCGACGCCUUGUCCAGCGGAACCCAGCACCGGGGCAGCUCCGUACCAGACCACCCCGCACCAGGCUCGCACCGUCAGGACCCCAUCAGACCUCUUCCCUUUCGGCAGAUUUGUGGCCACGAUAAACGGGCUCACGUGGGGCCCACAAGGCCGCCGCUGCACAGCUAAGACAUGGGAGGGCUCCUUCGCCCUCGCGGACCGCACCAUUCUUGCUAUAACUUACUGUUCCUACAUGUGACUAUGGACACCAGAAAUGUGACUUAGGAUUUCAGGCAUUCUGGACAUUGGCUUUAAAAAACACAACUCCUAAACUGUAAAAAUCAAGUUUAUUAAAUCCACUCUUAACCUACCUAAAAGAGUCGUGUCUUUCGUGAUGACAGGGAAGAGUAAACUAAAAAAAUUAAUGAACUAAAAUUUAGUUAGCUGAAUUAACUUGAAAAGA